AUGCAGCACUUAAAAUUAGUCAAAAUAUGUGUUGCCAUUAUAUUUGCCAGUUUGAUGUUGUUCGGUUUCUCAGCGCAUGGCAUAUCAAUACGCAAAGGUCACUUUUACAAUUCUUAUAUAAUAGCAAUGUAUGCAUUGGCAAUUGCAAGCGCUUUCACAGUGUCUUAUGGUCAAAGUAUGCUGAACGAUUGGCAGAACGACGAAUUCGAUUUGGAAAAUGUUACUAACCUGUACAGUUACAUGAAUAUUACGUCAGUCAUUAUCAACUAUUUGACAGCGUUCAUACUGUCAAGUACAUUUGUGCGCUUUUUUAACAAUGUCUCACUUUUUGAGACAUUAAGAUUCUUCGAAGUCAGCGCGCGAACGGUGAUUGUAUCGGUGAGAUUGGUUAUCCUUAAAGCCUUAUUAAUACCCGUCAUUUAUGAGGUGACAUUUCUGUUACAACAAAUACGUAACGAGCCCGAUAAACACUUAUUGUGGACUUUAUAUACAGUCUUACCAUUGGUGCUCGCACAAAUGUAUCCCAAUCUCUUCUUUAGCGCAUUGGUUAUUGGCAAAGUUCUUGUGGAAACAUUAAAUGAACGUCUAUGUGAAAUUGUCAAUGAGGUCAAUUGCAUGCAAACUCCACUGCAGAUGAGUUUGCACAAGCCAUAUUAUCGUAUGCAGCUCUUUUGCGACUUGGCUGAUCGUAUGGACUUGCUUGCGCAGAAAUACGACAUUAUUUGUAGGCAAACGACAAAGUACUUGCAAUUACUUUCGGCGCCGGUAAUUUGUUCUCUGCUUUGUAAUUUGUGCGGCAUCACCGUAGGGUGUUUUAGGCAAUAUUUAGCUGUUGCUGAAACUUUGGUAAACAACGAACCCUAUGAUGUGUUUCAAGCUUUAACUAAUGCCGCCUUUCUGGCGAUAUCUGUAAUCGAAGUGAUGUUGCUGGCACAAAUAAGCGAUAAUAACGUAGUAAAGGUGGAAUUAAAAUUAAUAAAGAAGUUGUUAACAAUGUUAUGUAAAUCAUUUCUAUUCCAGGUGCAAGAAACUGGCUUGAUUCUACAACGCAUCAAUCUGACACAUGCAGAUUUGCGUUUCAAGCAGUCGGUGGACGCAUUUUCGCUGCUGGUAUUAGUAACAAAAUAUAAAAUUGAACCACUCGGGAUGCUGGAAAUAAAUAUUUCCCUUAUUCAAGAUGUACUGUCGGCGGUCACCAGUUUUUUGCUCAUAUUCGUGCAAAGUGAUCUCACGCUACGUUUCUCUUUAAAGUAAACUACUUGAAGUAUAAGAGACUUUGCUUACCUGGCUGAACUGCAUGAGAUUAUCCGACUGUAAAGAAAUGAUUUUUUUUUUAUAAAUUACCAAAAUUAUUUGGUAUUAUUUUACUUACAUUCAGUUCUUGUAGAUAUUGAUAAGGC